AUGUAUGCCCUUAAUGGGGCAGAAAUAAUUUUUAAUCCGUCAGCAACAAUUAGCGGACUUAGUGAAGCUCUAUGGCCGAUUGAAGCUAGAAAUGCUGCUAUAGCCAAUCAUGUUUUUACUGUUGCAAUUAAUAGGGUGGGGACAGAAGUCUUUCCAAAUGAAUUUACUUCUGGCAAUGGAAAGCCUGGUAAAUUGAUAAAAUAA